UAUCAUUUGUUCAUAAGAACGGUGUUUUGCGGUUUUGUGAAUGUUCUGUGCUCUGUUCUGUCAAGAGAGGAAAAAUCGUAACAAAAAUUGUGUUAAAAUGUCAUGAGUUGAAGAUACCCAAAAAUAGCCGAAAAUGAUGCGAUUUUCUCGAAAUUCAAUUCAGUUACUCAGUAACGUUAUUAGAAAUAAUUCAGAAAUAGUUUUUAAGUGUAACAAGAACAAGUGCUCACUGAUUGAAAUAAAUAUAUCGUACAAUUUCAUUCAAUGUGUUCCCUACUCUCAAGCCGCAAAAUCGAAUCUGCCCCUACCUCUAGAGAAUUUACUAAAAGAGAGCAAUGACAAAGCUCAAGAGAAACAGGAAGAAGAGGAAAAAAGGAAACAACGAGAAAAUUCAUGGAGAACUAUGAAACUGACUUUAGCCUUUUUCGGAUUGUCUUUCACAUGCUUCGGAGGCUAUUUAAUAUUUACCUUAGGAUCUCCUGAAAAGGACAUCAAUGGAGAACCUAUCAGGGAUGAUCUUGUUGAUAAACCUGUAGUUUUGCAGUACAUUAUCAGAACUUAUAGGGAGUUAGAUUAUUACAAAAGACUAAUUAAAGAGCCUUCAAGGGAAAAAUUGUUACCAGAUCCAUUGGAAUAUCCAUAUUUGCAACCUAAAUACACUCUAGUCUUAGAAUUAACUGAUGUGCUUGUACAUCCUGAUUGGACUUACAGUACUGGAUGGAGAUUUAAAAAGCGCCCAAUGUUAGAUUACUUCUUAGAAAGUUUACAUGGAUCAUAUGAAAUAGUUAUUUACACAGCAGAACAAGGCAUGACUGUGUUUCCUCUCAUAGAUGCUAUUGAUCCAAAGAAUAUAAUAGCUUACAAGUUGGUGAGAGAUGCCACUCACUUUUCAGGAGGUCAUCAUGUUAAGAGCUUAAAUAAUCUUAAUAGAGACCUGUCAAAAGUUAUUUGCAUAGACUGGAAUGCCAAAAAUGUAAAAUUUAAUCCUGAAAACUUACUAAACGUUAGAAGAUGGAGUGGUAAUGAUGAUGAUUCAUCAUUAGUUGACUUAGCAGCUCUUUUAAAAACUAUUGCUGAUAAUGAUGUAGAUGAUGUUAGAGAGGUUCUAAGACAUUAUAGUACAUAUGAUGAUCCUAUUGCUGCAUUCAGAGAGAAGCAGAAGCGCCUUCUUGAAGAGUUGGAGGCACAAGCACAGGCUAGAAAAGAACAAACUGCUACCAAAGCCUCAAGAUGGGCACCGAGUAUUUUCAAUCGAAAACCAUUUUAGUAACUAUUGUGAUUUGUAGUUGUAUUUUUUUUUUUGAUAAUUUAUGAAAUUUGUUUUCUUAAUUUGUACAUAUUUUUAUAUAGAAAAUUUGAUUGUUGAGGUCCUGAUUUUUCAUAUUUAUCAUAGUUUGCUAAAAGAAUGAAAUUGCAUUAUCUUGAACAUAUUGACAGACUUCUAAAAAUAAGAAGUGAACUGUUGCUUGUUUUAUAAUUAAUAUUGAAGUUAAACAAAAAAAAAAAACAUCCUACAAAUUAACGCCUAGACUGUUAUAGCAUUUUGUUUUUUUAAUAAAACUGAAAUUUUCCUAGUUGUAUCAUUUUUCAUUUACAUUAAAAAUAAUUCCAAAACAUAA